AUCUGAUUCUUGAACUGACUUGUGGGGGACUCAAAUACUGCCCUAUACUCUGGGACGCGCCAUAUACUCGGACUUAUAGCCGGCAACCGAGGUUAUGAUUUUGACCUUCGGUCUGUUUUGAGCGCCCCAACAACACCUACGUCGAUUUCUCCAAGGAUGAGCGUUAAUGCAGGAUAUAAUGCCAAUGGGAACCACGUACCGGUGGUACAGGCCCCGCCGGCAGAACUAGUACAGAGAUUGAAGGCCGCUUCUAUGCUCCAAAAUCCCCUAAAAGACUCGAAUUCAAAAGCACCUUCAGCAUCUUCAAACUCGAUCCGCAAAAGCUUACCACGAUCCAUCCGCAUAAAUCCCCUUGUUCAGGUCCUCAUAUUGAGACGAGUUCUUCUUCUCACGGAUGGUCGGGACAAGGUGAUGAAGGUCAUCCAAUACGGACUCAAGACUGCAAUGUGGCUUCACAUAUUGGACGCCAAACGGCAUCCCACCCUCCAUUCGCAUGCCAAUAAAACCGUCUCACAGUUUUCGAUGACCCGCAAAGUCAUUCGGCUAUUUUACUGGUUGAAUUCCUUAGAUGAAUUUGUAGAGCUGGCGAAAGAACGGCAUUUUGGGAUGUCAUCAGCCGUGACGCCAACGGAGAAGCUAAGGCAGUUCCUGGCGGUUUUCAACGCUAUUGUCGGGAUCGUGAAUGGGUGGGCAGAUGAUUUGGUAGUCGCUGGAAAGAUGGGCAUCGUGGACAAACCACUGUACAACCGCGCAACAAUCCUUGCAGAUCGACUCUGGUAUGUUAGUAUAUUCAUCGACGCUCACGAGAAUGUGCACGGCACAGCGGCAAUACGGCGAAAGCUAGUGGCAUGUCGCGCCGAUGAUGAGUCCAAGAGGAAAGAGCUGGAAAGCAAGUUAUAUAUGCAGAAAGUGUCGUUUGCCAAACUUAUGGCAGACUUUGUUUUCUGCACCAUAGAUGUCUUCCACUUGGGAGACAAAGGUAUUAGCGACGGAUGGCAGGCAGUAUCCGGUUUUCUCGCGGCGUUAUUGGGCACCUACAAAGUUUGGGUAAAGCAUCGCUAGAGCAUUACGAUCUGUAAUUAUUUAUUUGUGCUGUAAUUAGUGUCUCUUUUCUUUGUUAGACUCUUAAAACAGAGACUGUUCCCCUGA